UUAUCCAUUUUUCAGCCAUGUCGAAGCAGAUAGGUCUUUUCGAAAAACUGGCAAAUGCUGCCGGUCACAUCUAUCGCCAUCAUCUGACUCAGCAUCCUCGGCGAAAAGCGUUGUGGAAAGAUUGUUGGCAUAAAGAACUAAAACCACCAACAUUGGAAGAGUGGCCAGCCGUCAAGAAAGAUUUCAGGCAAAUGAUGGAUGUUAUUACAAGUAGAUCAUACACCCAAUGGACCGUUAUGGAUACGCUGGUGCGAACAUGUGUUGCGGUGGAAAUAAUUUGUUGGUUUUUUGUUGGCGAAGCUAUUGGACGUCGUUCAUUUGCCGGCUAUAUUGUCCCAGCAAAUUAUGUUGACAAAAAGCUAGCGAGCAUGGUGAAGAAUCACAAAGAUAACACUUACGACAUUGCUCCGAAAGCCUGAUGAACAUCGCAGUUAUUCCUUCUAAUUUAUUUUGGAAAUAUAUAUUCGUACAAUUUUACAAAAAAGAUUGAAAAUUCAAUAGUCUUUCUUAGUUACUCAUAGAUGUAAAGUACGUUAAGACAUAUUUAGCAGUCAAAUACCUCGAUUUUCAUGCUUAUAUUAAUAGAUGCUUCCAGAUUCCAUAUUUGGGAAAAUCGGAAAGCCUAGAUAUUGAAUUUUGAUUGAUGUUGGUAUAAUGUGCUGGGUUGUUUUGUUCUGAUACAUUGGAUUUCAGCAUAAUUUGGUGUGGAAAAGUGGUAGUUUUCGUACGUUUGUUGUCGUUACAUUCAAAAAAGGUUUCAUGAGUAUCCAUAAUCUGCGGAACAUUCCCUAUAUUGCUGCAUAAUUUUGUUGCACUUGUCAAGAUUCGUG